GUACAUACGUAGCCACUUUCGUUCCUUCCCAUCUCAAAAAGUUGAGCCUCCGCUUCCCCUCCUCGUCAUCUUCCUCGCAGCCGCGCUUCUCCCACCACACCCGCCAACACAGCUUAGCAGCAGCAAAAAGUGGGCCUCCAGCGAGCGGGCAAGCGCAAAUUCCAUUCCAGGUUUUCGCUUCGAUCAGACUUGGUCCAAUCGAGCGAGCGAGCACGCGCGCCCCGCGUUAGCGGCUGUGCCGGAUCGGUUCCGAGAGGACGGCCGUCGCCGUCGGCGGCGGAUCGACGCGCGGAGUCUCUGCGAGGAGCAGCGCCGGGUGCUGGGAUCCACGCGCCCGGAGGAGCUCAUGAGGCGGCCCACCACCUGUGGAUCUCCUGGUUUCGUCUCAGCCUCCGGUUCGGGCCUCUGCUAGGCGGCUGGGGCGUGUGACAGAUCGUGCGGGGGUGGGAGGAGGCUGUGGCAUUGGAGGGUGAGCGGAGAUGGUGAGCGGCCACCUAUUCCACUGCCGUAAGAAUUCGUGGCCACCGGAGGAGUAUGUGGGCCGGACCGCCCUGCAACUGCUGGACUUGGACGGCGGAUCGCCGCCGGAGCAGGCAUGGCGGAGGAGGCUGAACAGUCACGCCAACAUACUCAAAGAAUUCAGCGUCACCUUCAUGGAAGCAAUGAAGAUGAUGACCCUCGGGGUGAGGCUUUGGUCAUAUGUCCGUGAGGAGGCCUCCCAUGGAAGGAAAGCUCCUAUUGAUCCGUUUACAAGAGAGAGAUGUAAGCCGUCCGCUUCACAGGGUGUGCCGCUCGGAGGGAUGGGGAGUGGUAGCAUUUCAAGAGGAUUCAGGGGAGAGUUCAAGAAUUGGCACAUCAUUCCUGGUUUGUGUGAGAAUUCGCCGGUCAUGGAGAACCAGUUUUCUAUAUUUGUAUCACGAGACAGUGGGAAUAAAAAAUACUCAUCGGUAUUGGCUCCGGGACACCAUGAAGGCUUAAAGAAAUGUAAUGACUCUGGAAUUUCAUCAUGGGACUGGAACCUGAGCGGUCAACACUCAACCUAUCAUGCAUUGUUUCCUAGGGCCUGGACUAUUUACGAUGGUGAGCCAGAUCCAGACCUUAAAAUCUCAUGCCGCCAGAUAUCACCAUUCAUUCCUCAUGAUUACAAGGAUAGCAGUCUUCCGACAUCUGUGUUUGUGUACACUCUGGUGAAUACCGGGAGAGACCGUGCAAAAGUGAGCCUGUUGAUGACAUGGGCGAAUUCCAUUGGAGGUUUUUCUCAUCAUUCAGGAGGCCACUUCAAUGAGCCCUUCAUUGGGGAUGACGGAGUGUCAGGAGUGCUUUUGCAUCACAAAACAGCAAAGGAUAAUCCUCCAGUUACUUUCUCUAUUGCUGCCUGCGAAACUCAGAAUGUGAGUGUGACAGUCUUGCCUGUUUUUGGUCUUUCUGGAGAGAACCAUGUUUCGGCAAAGGAAAUGUGGGAUACUAUGUCAAAGGAUGGCCACUUCAGUCGGGAAAAUUUCAAUGCUGGUUGUAGUAUGCCUUCUUCUUCAGGGGAGACACUUUGUGCGGCUGUCUCAGCAUCUACUUGGGUGGAGCCGCAUGGUAGGUGUACUGUGGCAUUUGCUUUGGCUUGGUCCUCACCUAAAGUGAAGUUUCAGAAGGGGUGCACAUAUAACAGGAGGUACACCGAAUUUUAUGGAACUUCUGAAAGAUCAUCAUCUAUUAAUUUGGUACAUGAUGCCUUAACAAAAUAUAGACUUUGGGAAGAAGAGAUCGAGAAGUGGCAAGACCCCAUACUCAAGGAUGAAAAACUCCCAGAAUGGUACAAGUUCACCCUUUUUAACGAGCUUUAUUUUCUUGUAGCUGGGGGGACUGUUUGGACAGAUGGUCAACCUCCAGCAAUUAGUGAAGCAAGUCCUGCUUACCAACAUAAAUAUUCAAAGAAGGGUGCUAAAUCAGAAUCAGUUAAAGAUAACCAUGUCAAGCCAGCAGCAGAGCAAGUCUCUGAUGGAGACGACCUGCCUAAUGGUGAAGAGCGAAGCGUGUCAACGUAUGUAGCAGUUCAUGGAUCGCAGAUGCCUGAACAAACCAGUGGACUUGGGUUGCAGGAACCGAUUCCUUAUUUACUUUCCAAGGAUGGCCCUGAAAAUGUCGGUAAAUUCUUGUACCUGGAGGGAGUGGAAUACAUCAUGUGGAACACGUAUGAUGUGCAUUUCUAUGCUUCUUUUGCUCUCCUCGAUUUGUUCCCCAAGAUAGAGCUGAGUAUUCAACGUGAUUUUGCUGAUGCUGUUCUGUAUGAAGAUCAGCGGAGAGUCAAAUUUUUGGCUGAUGGCACCUCAGGAAUCCGUAAAGUCAAAGGUGCUGUUCCUCAUGACCUAGGAACACAUGAUCCGUGGCACGAAAUGAAUGCCUAUAACAUACACGAUACAAGCAAAUGGAAAGAUCUAAAUCCCAAGUUUGUACUCCAGGUAUACAGAGACUUUGCUGCCACAGGUGAUAUGACAUUUGGUAGAGAUGUAUGGCCUGCAGUCAGUGCAGCAAUGGACUACAUGGAUCAGUUUGAUCGCGAUGGUGAUGGUCUCAUUGAGAAUGAUGGAUUUCCUGAUCAAACCUAUGAUGCUUGGACUGUUCAUGGAAUCAGUGCCUACUGUGGUGGCCUCUGGCUUGCUGCACUUCAAGCUGCUGCUACAAUGGCUCAUCGCCUCGGGGAUCGUCCAUACGCUGAAAAGUACAAGCUGAAGUUCAUGAAAGCUAAAGCAGUGUACGAGGCGAAGUUAUGGAAUGGGUCUUAUUUCAAUUAUGACAGUGGUACAAGCAGCAAUAGCCGGUCCAUUCAGGCUGAUCAGCUUGCAGGACAGUGGUACGCCGCAUCGUCAGGCUUGCCUCCAAUUUUCGAUGAGCACAAAAUAAGAAGUGCUCUGCAGAAAAUAUUUGAAUUCAAUGUCAUGAAGGUAAAAGGAGGACGGAUGGGAGCUGUAAAUGGCAUGACUCCUAAGGGAAAGGUGGAUGAGACAUGCAUGCAGUCUCGGGAAAUCUGGACUGGUGUUACAUACGGUGUUGCAGCAAACAUGUUGCUCCAUGGGAUGGAGCAUCAAGGUUUUAUCACUGCAGAAGGAAUAUUUCUUGCUGGCUGGUCAGAAGAUGGAUACGGGUAUUGGUUCCAAACACCGGAAGGAUGGACCACAGAUGGGCAUUACAGGUCGCUGGUAUACAUGCGGCCUCUUGCUAUUUGGGCAAUGCAGUGGGCAUUGUCACCCCCAAAGACGAUUCUUGAGGCACCGAAGGUAAACCUGAUGGACAGAAUACAUGUAUCCCCUCAAGCAGUCCGAGCAGUCAGUGAGAUAGGUAUUCGAAAGAUCGCCCCUGAUAACAGAUGUAUUCCCAGCUCCACGUUCCAGUGUGAAUGCUAACCACGGAAAGAAGGUAACGUGUAACGACUGAUGAGCAGGUCAUGUUAUUUUUCUUCCGGCUUCUCCUUGCCCCCUUCCAAGAUCCAGUGGGGUUCAGGUUUUUUCUCCUUUACAAUCAGAGGGAACACCUAUGGGACAGUUGAACUCACUGCUCCAAAGAGCUUUUGUUGUAUAAUUUGUACAGUGAACUAUUAAAUAACAGAUUCGAGAAGUUUGUGAAAA